CAGCAGAAGCUUCAGCAGCUGACACAGGUCCUGCAGCACAGGCACGGCUUUAUCCAUCGCCAGCGUCGCCACGGGUCGCAUGAGCUUUGGCAACAGCUUUCGCAGCUUGGUCAACAUCGUCUUGCAUCGCCGGAUGGCGGCAGGAGCGGUUGAGUCAUAGGUACGGUCAUCAUGCUGGCGCUGGUGGGCACGUACGAUCCGCAAUAAGUUGUCUACGUCGCUCUUCUCGGCCUCCUCGGCGCUGGAGCGCGUUGCCAUCGAGCUGAACAAGUGCGCACUCUGUAGUGAACGAAUGCAGCAUAACAUCUCGGUUAAGUACGUUGAAGUAGGAGUGAUGGUCUAUAGCAACGUACUUAAGUGGUUAUGUGAGCGGUGUGGCGUACAUAACCGUCUCAAGCCAAACGAUUCACACCACACGACAAGAUGGCGACCAAGGGUGUGUGGCAGCUCAAGCAGGUGACGAUCCGUUACUGCCAGCACGGUGGCAGCAGUCGCUACGUUCGGCAGCUUCUGGGCGAUGAGCGCUUCCUCAAGUUCGUCGAGGAGAACCCGCAGGUCCAGUUUGAGACAGAGCUCAAGGGUGCCCGUCACCCCAUCCUUAUCGGAGACUACGUGACAAAUGAGCGCAAGGUAUCCGAUAUCAAGAACCAGGACAUUCCUUUCAUCAUGAAGCAGCUGGAACGCCUUCGCAACUCUAGUGGUCGCAAAAUGACGCACAUCAAGAAGCCUGUCUUCACGAAGCGCCCAACCAUCCAGGGUAUCUGGCAGCCGGACCUCGACUUCCCGGAGUUCAAGAUCAGCGACCGCACGUAGAUGUCCAUGCUAGCGGUUUGGAGGGAAGACGCAAUUUCGGGAGCUGGGUCAUCAUCAUUUCAGCACUGCAUUCUGGUAGAGAUCUCAAGGAACCUAUGACAGCCUUCAGCUCGGAAGCGUGCAAUAGCCCUACAGAGGGCCCUCUCAACAUGUGAAGCAUCAAAUAUAUUCCUUCAACAGCC